CUUUUUUAAAUUUUAAAAGAAGACAAUAUUUGGUGGAAUUUAAAAAGAAAAUGUAAAAGUAGGCAAGGAAAGGGAAAGCAAGAGAAAUGGCGAUCUAACGUUGAAGAUAAUAAGAAGGACGAAACGGGCAUUUUUUUUUUGUGUGUGUGUGUCACAUCUUUUUUAUUAUCCUCUCAUGGCGGAUAACACGAGACCUGUCCAAAGGCUCUUCUUCUUCUUCGUCAUCACUACUACUACUCCUCUCUAACGUUUUCCUCAUUCUUCUUAAUUCCGAUUUUUGAGUGAUGGCUAUGGCCUCUGCUUCUGGUUCUGCUCUUUGCUUCACUGAUGCUUCUAGCUCUCUUGCUUUAAGACGCGAUUGUGGAGCUCUUUGCUUGCCUCCUAGGACAGUUACGUUUGGAUUUGUCGAUAAACCUCUUGUCAAUCUCGAGCGAUUAAGAUUAUCCACUUUGAAGAUUAGAGCAUCAAAUGCUACUGCUGUGGAGAAUGGAAAGCAAGAAGGAAGUGCUGCUGAUUCUGAUAAAGUUCCAACUCCAGUUGUUAUAAUCGACCAAGAUUCUGACCCUGAUGCAACCGUUCUUGAAGUUACAUUCGGAGAUCGUCUUGGAGCUUUACUUGACACUAUGAAUGCGCUCAAAAACUUGGGAUUGAAUGUCGUCAAGGCAAAUGUUUACCUUGAUUCUUCCGGCAAGCACAACAAAUUUGCCAUUACUAGAGCAGAUAGUGGAAGAAAAGUAGAAGACCCUGAAUUGCUUGAGGCCAUUCGUCUCACAGUCAUAAACAAUCUGCUUGAGUUUCAUCCUGAAUCAAGUUCUCAGUUGGCAAUGGGAGCAGCUUUUGGUGUUCUUCCUCCAACUGAACCGAUUGACGUGGACAUAGCAACACAUAUAACCAUUGAAGAUGAUGGACCAGACCGCAGUUUACUCUUCAUAGAAUCAGCGGAUAGACCUGGACUAUUAGUUGAGCUGGUGAAGAUCAUUUCAGAUAUCAGCGUCGCUGUUGAAUCUGGAGAAUUCGACACCGAGGGUUUGUUGGCUAAGGUGAAGUUUCAUGUAAGCUACAGGAACAAAGCCCUAAUCAAGCCUCUCCAGCAGGUCCUUGCUAAUAGUCUGAGGUACUUCUUGAGGCGUCCAUCAACUGACGAGUCAAGUUUCUGAUUAUGCCCAUUUUUCAAAAUCUCAAGUCUCAUUCCUCGUGACUACUAUUUUUACCACUUUUUUUUUUUUUUACAUUUGACCAAAAUAAGCUGCUUCAUACACCUGUAAUAGUAACAUUAUGCAUCAUUCAUCCAAUUUACUUUGAUUCACAACCUGUGAAAAUCUGAUUAUCUACACCACUUU